GCGAACUGGCUGAAUUUGAAUAGUUGAGUUUCAUUUAAAUCUUUAAAGUGUGUGGUGCUCAUAAAAUCAGUGCGGAUAUGACAACCGAAAUUAAUACGGGUCCCGUGAUUGGCCAACGACAUGUGCAGGCCUUUUUGCUCUUUCUUUCCAUUGUGGUUAACUUCAUGACCAAAUUCAAUGCUGGAGUGGCAGUUGUGGCGAUGACGAAUGCGGAGAAUACCAAUCCGAAUUUUCCAGAGUACGACUGGGAUGAAAUGGAGAGGUCUUACAUCCUGUCCAGCUUCUUUUGGGGCUAUAUACUGACCCAAUUCCUGGGCGGAUGGCUGUGCAGACGGUAUGGAGCCAGGCUAACCAUGUUUGUGUCCACCUUUGGACAGGCCAUUCUGGCUGUACUGCCUCCUUGGUUCGUUUCCUGGGGAGGAUGGCAGGCCUACUGUGGCAUCCGGAUGGCGAUGGGACUUUUCCAGGGAUUCCUCUUUCCCUGCAUCCACGCCCACUUGGCCAACUGGUGUCCGGUGAAUGAGAGAAAUCGGUUGGGAGCCCUGGCCAAUACGGGAAUCGAUUGCGGAACCCUGGUUGCCAUGUUUGCCAGUGGAUUGCUGGCUGCCUCAAGUGUCGGCUGGCCCGGAAUCUUUUAUGUGUCCUGUGGAGUAGGAAUUUUCUGGUGCAUCCUUUGGUUGAUUUUUGGAGCAAAUACCCCAAGGGAAUCCAAAUUCAUCAGCGAAGCGGAACUGAACUACAUUGAGACUUCAAUUCACUCCAGUCACAAACUGGAGGAGACAAUACCCGCAAAACGAAUUCCAGUCCCUUGGAAGGCCAUUUGGACUUCAGUUCCUUUCUGGGCUUUUAUGAUCGCGAAAUGCGCUCAGUCGUGGGGAUUUUCGACUCUCCAGACCGAGAUGCCCGCCUACAUGAAUGGAGUUCUGCUGAUGGACAUGAAGAAAAAUGCCCUCUACUCCGCUCUACCAUAUCUCACAUCCUGGAUAAUGGCAUUUGUCUACCUGAUCAUAGCGGAUAUCCUGCUGACCAGGAACAUUAUGUCCAUUACUGGCAUUCGCAAGACUGUCAACUCGAUUGCCUACUUUGUUCCCGCUUUGGCACUGAUUGGCGUUGGCUUCUUGGACAGCACCCAAAAGACCCUGGCAGUUGUACUUAUGUGUGCCAAUGUGGGAAUCAAUGCUGGUUCUACAAUUGGGAUGACGAUUAACACCAUCGACUUGUCUCCAAAUCAUGCUGGUAUUUUGAUGGGAAUCGCGAAUACGGCCUCGAAUGUUAUUCCCAUUGUGACUCCAGUACUCGUGGGAAUUAUCGUGAAAGAUGAACACGAUCGCGAGCAGUGGCAAGUUGUCUUUAUCAUAUCUGCUGUCGUUUUUUUUGUGGGCAACAUAAUCUACGUUGUUUUCGGUCAGAUGGUUAAUCAGCCUUGGGAUGCACCUGAUUUCUUGGAUAAAGAACGAUCCUCCAAUCUUCAAGAGGAGGGAAACUCCAAAGCUCUGGAAGCGGAACUAAACAAAAAGUUAGAGGAACCAAAACCGAAAGCUAUUGAAGCUGGCUUAGAAAACAAUGAAAGCAAAGAUAUUGAUGUAAGUGAGGACAUUUCCAGAAAUAAUGAAAUUUGAGAUCAUCAAAAUGUUAUUAUCCAUAACUCGAAAAUACCUUUUAAUUUUACUCACGGCUGGACCUUUUAUAAAAUAAGCUAAAAA